AUGAAACCGUCUACUGACGAGCCGCCCAGAAAGAACGACUCGCCGUCAAAGAAGGAGACGUCCAAGGCUGGUACUGAAGACAUUGAAGCCGAUAAGACCGAAGACACUAACGAUGACGCCGAUGAUUGUCCGCUCACCGAACAGUUCUUCAGGAGCGACGUCGACGACCUGCUAGGGACGCCGAACGAGACCGAGCCACCCGAGAAGGCCUCCUUUUCUGAGGACUUCGACACAGUAGACAGCCCGAGGGGUGACUCUGUAAUUCCCGUGGACAUCGACGACAUUAUACAAGAAACCAACGUCACUCUUUCCCGCAUAGACACAGAGGAAAAGAGACGGCUGUUGGGCAGUGGCAAGUCCGGUCGAACGGCGCGGUCUGCUAGGAAUUCCCAAAGGCUCGCUUCUACUAGCCGCACGCCAAAGCAAAAGAAGACAGGAGGUUCUUCAGUUACGUCGCCGAUGUCACCGGUUGGUAGGCAGCAGCCACAGGCUGCCAAUAGAACUCCCGCCAAAAAUAACGAGGCAUCAGGAAAAGCGAGCUCCCACACGAGUCCAGCACCAGUGGCGACCAGCACUGCGGUGACGAGGGGACCGCGUCCAUCCGCCAAGCCGGUUCCCGCCAGUUCUGGUCGAAUUCCGGCAGCCGACGCGAAUCUAAGAGAACAUACGUCUCGUAACAACUCAUUCAAUCCGAGCCCUGCCCUGUCACCCCGCAGCCUGGCUCCCGAUCAACGCCCGGCGCAUCAGCCCGCGCAGUUUCAGGGACCGUUCUCGGACGACUUUUCGCCCGACACAACUCAGUCGCCGCCUUCGCUCGCGUCUGUUAUGAGCCCGACGACUAACAGAUUAGGGCCUCAAGCCUCCCAUACCGACUUGCACAGAACCGGUCACGUCGCUCAGAGCACAAGACAACGGUCCAGCGCGGCCGCGUCUCGCCACAGGCGAGACAGCAACGGACGCCGUCUGUCGCUUCGAAGACAGAGUCGCGACGGCGACGAAAGCUUUUCGACGACUGAGAGCGGCGGCUCGGACGACCUCUACGCCGACUCCCGGCACAGAGGAAGGAGUCGAAGCUCCCAUUACAGACGGCGCCGCAGGCGCAGCAAAGAUCGAGCUUCUCGAAGGCGCCACAGCAGAGACAGAAGGGGCAGCGCGCACAACGCGAGGGACCCUAGUGUAGGGCCGUUUUACAUACAUCCUUAUUGGAAUGCCCCGUGUACCCAGGAUCCAGCGUACUAUGUGGGCUAUCUGCAAGCUCCGGGUUACCCACAAGUUUCGGCUAACCCCGCGGCACCAGUUUAUCCACAGGCUCCGGCUUACUCACAGGGUGCACCGCAGGCUUCAGCCUCUUCUCGGCCUGCCGCCUUCCAAGGGCCUCCUUCUUCAUUUGCCCCAGCUCCAGUUCAGAGCCCAGUCUACGGACGACCUCCGGAAUACCCAAAGCCGCGUGGUUGUGCGGACGUCUCCGCUCCUCUACCCCCGCCAGGCUACGCACCAAUUCCCGUGUUCCAGCGCUAUAGCAGCGGUCGCGUUUCGUUUGCAGCAGGCGCAGCCCCCAUUUCAAGCUGGUAUACGAACACGCAGCGACGCAUGCCCGCACCCGUUGCGGCACCUCCACGCCCGCGUGACUGGCGUCAGUGGCAGCCGGGACUCUUCAAACCAAGCCUGCCAAGGUACAGCCCACCUCCUCCUACUUUUCCACCUCCGCCCGUGUUUUCCGCGACCAGCUAUGGGUCGUGGCCUGGCGCCGGUUCGGAAGACGACACGUGUCGGUGCCGGGAGUGCUGCGGCGAAUGCUGCAAACAGGCGGCCGCAGUCCGUCGUGAGCAACGACGGAUGGAAUUCAUGAUGUACCGGUCACCCGCGCCGCCACUGUGGCCACGGCCGUUUUCCAGGGCUCCACCGUUCGGUGGUGGCGGUGUGUUGCCGGCACGCAGCACGCCGUGGCUGUGGCCGACAGCCGAUACCGCUGCGGCGGCCGCAGAACCAUACUGGCCGUCCGUCGCCCCCACCAGGCAGUUCAUCUGGUCGACGCGCCGUUUGCCGCGUCACGUGUGGUCCACGGGUGGAAGCUUUUUGUCUAGGAGUCGCUCCUGCCCGCCGCCCGGUUACGAGUACACCGAGGACACUUUGCAGCCCGGUAGCACCGGUUCCUUACCCACCAGUGACACGCCUUCGCCUAUCGUGCGCGCACACCUACAAUGGGGAGAAUCCGCGGAGACGAGGAACCUCUCGGUGCCAGGUGAGAGCGAGCCGCCGUCGCCGGAGUCGCCCACCUCGCCACAGUCUGGGCUGCCGCAGAAGUCGUCAUCAGCUUCGAGCAUCGCGAACGCGCAGAACACUGUGAGCUUCGUAGUCACUCCCACCUCCGCGCCAGAGCAGGACACCGAACAUCAAUCGAUCAUAUGCGAGCUGAUCACCUCGAUAUCAUCGUGCUGCGGCGAAACCGAGGAGGCACCGGCCACCGCUGAGCCGUCUCCCGGUGGCAUGCAACGAAGCAAGUCCAUCAGCCCGGAGGAUUUGGAGGAAGCGUACGAGCAGUCGCGGCGCGCGGGAAUGCCGGGAAAGAAGUCCGUGGUCGCAGAAAUGUCCGUCUUGCUCGGGUCCAGCGAAGGACAGUCGACGGAUACUAGCAGCCGUGCGUCCAGGCCUAUGUCAACCUCUCUCACGAGUCCGGCCAGCAGCGCUUCCAGCCCUAGCGCCCUCGGAUCGUCGUCAAGUACUCCUCGAUCAACUCACAGCGUGCCUCAGAGGAUCUUCUCGGAUGACCUGUUCCGACCUGUGUCGAUGGACGAAGUGCAAGCUGUGGUCGCAUCCGAUGCCUCGGCGAUGUACGGUUGGUACCAGCCCCUGCAUAUCGUGUCGCAGGCUAGCGAGAGCGGUUCCCAGCAGCCCCUGGUACCCGUGGUUCUGGCCCCGGCAGAGCAAGAGCUGCUGUCCGGAGCUGGCGGAGCGAUGGCUGAAGGCCUUGGCGCCGACUUCUUCGACUUCUCGUGGGACGCCCCAGAGGAAGGAUGGCGGCGGAGCUACAUCCUGGCAAGGCCCGACCGCGCAAGCUCAGCUGGAAGUAGCGCCGACGCAGGACGCUUUUCCUGGUCCUCGGACGAGAUGCGGCGUGCAGACGGAGCAGCCAGUGGCCACGGCUGGGGUUCCAGCCGGGACCAAGGGGUGUCCGAAACCGUCUACGAAAGACCCACCACGGUGGUCUAG